AUGGCUGCCGAGCCGAGCAAGACCGAGAUCCAGACGCUUUUUAAGAGGCUUCGCGCAAUUCCGACCAACAAGGCCUGCUUCGACUGUGGCGCCAAGAAUCCGAGUUGGGCCAGCAUCACGUACGGUGUUUUUCUGUGCAUUGACUGCUCCGGGGUGCAUCGCUCCCUGGGCGUCCAUCUCAGCUUCAUCAGGUCCACAGAGUUGGAUUCCAAUUGGACCUGGUUCCAGGUGCGGUGUAUGCAGGUCGGCGGGAAUGCCAAUGCGACAGCCUUUUUCCGCCAACAUGGAUGCACAGCCAAUGAUGCCAACACCAAGUAUAAUAGUCGAGCUGCCCAGAUGUACCGAGAGAAGAUCCGGCAGCUGGGGAGCACGGCCUUGGCUCGGCAUGGCACUGAUCUUUGGAUAGACAGUGUGAGUACUGCUCCCAGUCACUCCCCAGAGAAGAAGGAGUCCGAUUUCUUCUUGGAACAUACUCAACCCCCUGCCUGGAAUGCACCAGCCACUGACCCAUCAGAGACCCAGCAGCCAGCCCCGUCUGCAGAGAGCAGUGGCCUGGCACAGCCGGAGCAUGGCCCCAACAUGGACCUGCUUGGCACCUCACCCAAAGCCUCUCUGGAACCGAAAACCUCUCUCAUUGGCAAGAAGAAGCCAGCAGCAGCGAAGAAGGGGCUGGGUGCCAAGAAGGGCCUAGGGGCCCAGAAGGUGAGUAGCCAGAGUUUCAGCGAGAUUGAGCGGCAGGCCCAGGUGGCAGAGAAGCUCCGUGAGCAGCAGGCGGCUGAUGCCAAGAAGCAGGCCGAGGAGUCCAUGGUUGCCUCCAUGCGUCUGGCCUACCAGGAGCUCCAGAUUGACCGUAAGAAGGAGGAGAAGAAGCUGCAGAACCUGGAAGGGAAGAAGCGAGAGCAGGCCGAGAGGUUGGGCAUGGGACUGGUGUCCCGAAGCUCCGUCUCCCACUCGGUGCUGUCCGAGAUGCAGGUGAUCGAGCAGGAAACCCCAGUGAGUGCCAAGUCCUCCCGCUCGCAACUGGACUUACUUGACGACGUUGGUACCUUCUCCUCUGGGCCUCCAAAGUACAAGGACAACCCCUUCUCCUUGGGGGAGAGUUUCGGUUCCCGCUGGGAUACAGAUGCUGCCUGGGGUGUGGAUAGGAUGGAUGAGAAGGAGCUGGAAGUGACCAUCUCCAGCAUCCGGCCGAUUUCAGAAAGAGUCACCAACCGGAGGGAGGUGGAGAGCCGGAGCUCAGGCCUGGAGUCGAGCGAAGCACGUCAGAAAUUUGCAGGAGCCAAAGCCAUCUCCUCCGACAUGUUCUUCGGGCGGGAGGUGGAUACUGAGUAUGAAGCCAGGUCCCGGCUCCAGCAGCUCUCGGGCAGCAGCGCCAUCAGCUCAUCAGACCUCUUCGGGGACGUGGAUGGCUCGCACGGAGCAGGCAGCGUGUCCCUGGGGAAUGUGCUGCCCACGGCUGACAUCGCCCAGUUUAAACAGGGUGUCAAGUCUGUGGCCGGGAAGAUGGCCGUGCUGGCCAAUGGUGUGAUGAAUUCUUUGCAGGAUCGCUACGGUUCCUACUGA